UGUGCCACAUUUCCGCAUACUUGAUGCGGCGCUGUCGUCAGCCUGAAGCAUCGGGGAAAUAAAAAUAAGAGGCGAAGCAGGUUGUUUUAUUGUGGUCGUUCCUGAAGAUGGUGGCGAAACAGAGGAUCCGCAUGGCCAACGAGAAACACAGCAAGAACAUCACGCAGAGAGGAAAUGUGGCCAAGACGCUGCGACCGCAAGAGGAGAAGUAUCCAGUGGGUCCCUGGCUACUCGCCCUCUUUGUAUUUGUUGUGUGCGGAUCAGCCAUAUUUCAGAUCAUCCAGAGCAUCCGCAUGGGAAUAUGAUCUGGAAGGAACUUUUCACUCCCGUCCCUGCCCUCACUGAGCCCAACUAGCUCACAACCCGCACAUCCAUGACCCCCUCCAGAGGCCCACAGACUGACACCAAAGCUUUGGAUCUACCUGACCUCUGGCAGAAGCAUCCCCACCUCCAGUAUUCCCUCAUCCAUCCAUCUCCACUCCCUUUGGUCAACGUUUACAGUACCGCAGUCAGUGGUGCUGACAGCUUUUCUACGGACAGUCAGAGACCACGCCAGCUGGAAAAAGAGUCUGUCUUGUUGAAAUGAUUGUGAGUGCGUGUGAUUAUUACUGACAAUGUGCCAUACAUGUCUGUAUUUCCAUGUUCGUCUGUGUCAUUGACAAGAUUGUUUUUUCAAAUAAAUGUUCAGCAUUUAGGAA